AUGACAGAGACUUCCGACCCUGAAAUCGAACAAGUUUCAAUGAAUCCCAAUACUAGAUCUGAGAAACUAAUCGUUGUCACCGUCGCAGCCACUACCCCUAAGAAGAAGGAAGAUUUGUCUUCUACUACUUUAGCUUUUCCAGCGGUGAAAUCAAGUAUGAAGCAGCCAAGUGAAGGGACUUCGAAGGACAAUAAGGCGAAGCGUGUGAAGAAGGUUACUUUAGGAGAAGAUGAGAAGAUUGAUGAAGAUACAAAGAGACUCAUUUUGAAGACACUAAUGGGUUUUACGGUUUCAUAA